AUUGUUUGACCGCGGAGCCCUAAACGUCCAAAACACGACGCCAAGAGGUUUUGACCAAGCGUCCGUACCAACACUGGGUGAAAGUAGCCUAAGAAGACGCCCCUGGAUCCCGAGUGAAUGUCUGUUAAAACCGCAGUUCAAAGGUAUGGCGGGUGGAUAGUGCCACGGAUAACCUACCAAAGGAGACCGUCGUGUGACAGCUACGUGUGUGGAUAGGCUGCCAUAACUCGCCGCCAAGUCGCCGCCGGUCUCCCGUCUGCAGUCCCAAUCACUCCCAUUCAAAAAUCCACACGGUCUGGCGGCGACGGCAGGGUAGACUGCUCCUUCUCCUUCUCCUGGUAAUCCUCGCUCUGACACUAUCCACCCGCCAUACAAAGGUAGGGUUGUCCCAACUCUAGCUGAAAAACAAUAACGCCACGCAUCAGAACAGGAUGAAAAACUUAUUUUUGUUGCUUCUCUUCUGUCACGUUUCAUCACCAGUGAAACACUCCCUGAAGUUUUUCGCAGCUGCAUCUUCUGGAGUCUCACACUUAAUUGUAGCAGCUGCAGUUGUUGAUGGUAUAAUGGCGGUUUACUGCGACAGUAGAGAAGUACAAGCAAAACAGGACUGGAUGAAAACAUUUUUUGAAAACAAUCCUCAGCAUAAUGAGACUUACAGUCGAGAGUGUUUCAAGCAUCUGCCGAACGUCGUCCAAGCCUGGAUUGAACUUUUUAAGCAGCACUUCAACCAAAGUGGAGGGGUCCAUGUUUUACAAAGGAUGUGUGGCUGUGAGUGGGAUGAUGAGACAGAAGAAUUUAAUGGUUUCUCUCUGUAUGGUUAUGAUGGAGAAGACUUAUUGGCAUUUGACCUGAAGACAGAGAAAUGGAUUGCUCUGAAACCACAGGCGUUCGACAUCAAAAAGGAAUGGGAUGCUGACAAAGACAGAGCAAAAAAGUAUGAGAAUUACCUCACUCGUAUUUGCCCCGAAUGGCUGAAGAAGUAUGUGGACUAUGGCAACAGUUCUAUGCAGAGAACAGAGCUUCCCUCAGUGUCUCUCCUCCAGAAGACUCCCUCCUCUCCAGUCAGCUGCCACGCUACAGGUUUCUACCCUGACAGAGCCACGAUGUUCUGGAGGAAAGAUGGAGAGGAGCUUCAUGAGGACGUGGACCUCGGAGAGAUCCUCCCCAACAACGAAGGAUCCUUCCAGAUGAGUGUUGACCUGAAUCCUCCAACUGAAGACUGGGAGAAGUACGAAUGUGUGUUUCAGCUCACUGGUGCGAAGGACGACAUCGUCACUAAACUGGACAAAGCAAAGAUCAGAACCAACUGGGAUGAGUCCAGUAACAUCACCAUCCUGAUUACCGCUGCAGUGUUUGUUCCUGCUGUCGUCCUCAUUGCUGUUAUUGGAUUUACUGUUUACAAAAAAAAGAAAGCCAAACGACCUCCACCUCCUCCUGUCAACAGCUCUGAGCUCUCUGAGAGACUGAAUCUAGAAACAAGACUGACAAACACACCAACCUGCACCUUAGACUGUAUAAAAGCCCUGCACACAGUGAUUUCAUGUUGGACAGCAAAACAGUAAAUGCUGCAACUGCGUUAAUGCUGCUUUCCAAAUUGCUCGAAACUUGGAAAUUUCAAAGUUACAAUUUCUGACUGACUGAUAAUUAUCAUCAUGUACUCUUUAUCGAGUGUGCACACAACUGCAUGAACCCUCAGCUGUGCACUUAGUAUUAAUUAAAAAGAGCUUUUGUAAUGAAAACAAGUGACAUACAUACGUCAGUUGGUAAUCCUCAAAACUCAAUAAAUUUGUGUACUUCCUAAUGGUUUUUUCUAUUUUUCCUGAAUAACUGUGCAGAGAAGACGACUUUUAGAGACUGUUUGCAUGACCAGGUCUUACUAUAUGAUGGUAUGUAUUAUUUUAAUUCGAUACAGGCACAUAUACUUUAUGUCGUCCUUUAGUUUAUGCUUUACCAUCUACAAGUUGCCAUGGGAGCUGCCAUUGUUGUGUGACAUCAUUCAUUUUUGUAGUACAACUUUUGUAUUGAAACUGUGUAUUUUUUGUUUGCUGUGUUUGAUCCAGAAGAGGUGGCUUUUGUUGAGGUAUGCCAUCUUGUGAAGAUUUGAACUGAGAUGAGGACUCAUUAAUUGGUGCUGGAACUGUGGGUUUUGUAUUGAGCACUGACCGCAUAAUACACCGUGUUGUAAUGUUUUGUGUAACCUAAAUAUACAACAUAGCUUACAUUAAAUGAUGCCUAAAUGAGCAGGUUGUAAUUCCUUCAUUUAACGCCUACAUUUCAAAAGUACCAGAUUAAAUUUCUGAGUGGCAGAUGAAAAAAUGACUUGCCUGCCACAGUGGGAAAAACAAGUGAAUUUCAGACUGUACCUCCUGUUAAAUAAGCUUUCUUAAUUUAAAAGCAAAGAAACCUGAGAUUGUUUUGCCGUUCGCUGUGUCACAUGAAACAUCUGUGUCACAUUACAGCUGUAAAGAAAAUAUCUGCAAACAGAUGAGCAACAAUACCUAGCUUUACAUAUAUAUAGAUACAAAACUUUUAAGAACAAUAAAAAAAGGCAAGAACUCGCUUUUUUGAAAGUGAUUUAUUUGCACUGCCAUGUCAUUUCUUUUGUACUGAUGUUUUACUUUUCUAUAAAAUUGCUUUAUGAAAAGUCACACAAGUUCA